UUCUGUCUUUUGGAGUCGCACCUGCCUCUCGCAGUCUCCUUUUCUUUGUACCCCGGGUCUGAAGGUCGCUACUGACUCUAAAUCCCUGCUCCCGCCCCACCACCCCCAGUAAAUUCAGACGUCUCCGUAAGCGGCGAAGGGGCGCCUGCCUUUUGCUUUGAAGUCCGCACUGAAGCCGGUUCCAGCUUUUGGAACGUUGAAAUGUUCCGUUUCGCACCUUUUUCCGACUUGAAACCGUUUACUGACCUCACUGACUCCUCCACCUUUUCUGCACCACAUACAAUUCUAUUAGGCGAGGUGGUUUAUUCGCUUCACGUUCUUCAGCCUCUCCUUCUCGGGCCCUGGAGGCCUCGCCGGCCGCCCCGCUCCCGCAGAGGCCGCGUUCUCUCCCCGGUCCUGGGAUUCUGGAGAGCCCGCCCCGCUCCUUAGACCCCAGUCCCUCCCAGCCCUUUGUCCUUAAGUCUCCGCAGGCCGGUCCUUCUGCCGUUCAGAGUGACUUUUCCCCUGAUCCCUGGUGGCGGGAGGUGACCUGAGCCAGCCACGUCACACCCAUGGUUCUUCGGCCCCAAAUACCAGCCGCCGGAAUUUGGCUCUUGCGGGAGGGCCUUUCUUAUUCAGUCUCCUACCCUGUAGGAGUAGUGGGCGGAAGGCUGGAUCAGGAGAAGCAGAGACAGCGACUCCUAGAGAAAUGGAAAAUUGAGAAAAGCAUGUGGGACAAGUGAUGGCAGUGAAGAGGAUUGUGAGGAACUUGGAAGAGACAGCUUCAUGGAAGAGAAUGAGCCUUGUAGGGAGCGGGUGCGGCAAGGAGAGAAAUUCAGAAAAAAGCAGGAUCUCCGGAGAGUUAACGAACUGUGAAGACUCAUGGACGAAGAAGCCCAGAAGAGGAAAGAACAGGAGUCAGGCAUGGCUGUUUCUCAGGCACAGUUGACCUUCAAGGAUCUGUUCAUAGAUUUCACUCCCAAGGAGUGGGAAUGCCUGGACCCUGCCCAGAGGACCUUGUACAAGGACGUGAUGGUGGAGACCCUCAGGAACCUGCUGUCUGUAGAUAUGUCUCACAUAGAUAAGAUCAAGAAAUUACAGGCAAAAGUAAACAGUGGUAAAGGGGAGAUUUUUCAAAGAGUGAUGUUUGGAAGAGCUGAACGUCUUGAAAUCAAAGAUUUUCACCUGAGGGACAUCCAGGAAAAUAUACAUGACUUUGAUUGUCUGUGGACAGAUGAUGAAAGAAAUGACAAAGGAAUGUCUACAUCCCAUAACAAAAACCUCACUGAUGGAAGACAUCAUCCUAGUAGAAGUGAUGUAGGAAAGAGACCUUUUGAGAGGCACGGAUCAAGCUUUCAGAAUAAACUGCAGGUGGUACAAUCUGAAGGGAUAAUUUCUGAAUGUAGUCAAGUUGUGACAAAUGUCAGGGCCACAGGUUUACCACCUCAGAGAACUCGUAAUGUCUGCAAAGGCUUUUCUCAUAAACAUGAGGAUGCUGUUAUGCACCCUUCAGAACUGUUACCAGACCAUGAAACACAAAAGAAAAGACCUUACAAAUGUAAUGAGUGUGACAUAACCUUUCUUCAGGACUCAGAGCUCACUGGACAUCAAAGAAUCCAUAUAGGAGGAAAACCAUAUAAAUGCGACAUGUGUGGCAAGGCUUUUAAUCAAACUACAAAACUUGCAGUUCAUUGGAGAAUUCAUACUGGAGAGAAACCAUAUAAAUGUGAUGUGUGUGGCAAGGCGUUUGCUCAUGCUGGACAUCUUGCUGUUCAUCGGAGAAUUCAUACUGGAGAGAAACCAUAUAAAUGUGAUGUAUGUGGCAAAGGCUUUAGUGAAACUUCAAGCCUUGCAGUUCAUCGGAGAGUUCAUACUGGAGAGAAGCCAUGUAAAUGUCAUGUAUGUGGCAAGUCCUUUAGUUCAAAUUCAAGCCUUGUAGUUCAUUGGAGAAUUCAUACUGGAGAGAAACCAUAUAAAUGUGAUGUAUGUGGCAAGGCCUUUAAUCAGUCUACACAUUUUGCAGUUCAUCGGAGAAUUCAUACUGGAGAGAAACCAUAUAAAUGUGAUGUAUGUGGCAAAGGUUUUAGUGAAACUUCAAGCCUUGCAGUUCAUCGGAGAGUUCAUACUGGAGAGAAGCCAUAUAAAUGUCGUGUCUGUGGCAAGUCCUUUAGUUCAAAUUCAAGCCUUGCAGUUCAUCGGAGAAUUCAUACUGGAGAGAAACCACAUAAAUGUGAUGUAUGUGGCAAAGGCUUUAGUAUAACUUCAAGCCUUGCAGUUCAUCGGAGAAUUCAUACUGGAGAGAAGCCAUAUAAGUGUGAUGUGUGUGGCAAGGCGUUUACUCGUACUGGACAUCUUGCUGAUCAUCAGAGAGUUCAUACUGGAGAGAAACCAUAUAAAUGCGAUGUAUGUGGCAAAGGCUUUAGUAUAAGUUCAAGCCUUGCAGUUCAUCGGAGAAUUCAUACUGGAGAGAAGCCAUAUAAAUGUGAUGUGUGUGGCAAGGCGUUUACUCGUACUGGACAUCUUGCUGUUCAUCAGAGAGUUCAUACUGGAGAGAAACCAUAUAAAUGUGAUGUAUGUGGCAAAGGCUUUAGUGAAUCUUCAAGGCUUGCAGUUCAUCGGAGAAUUCAUACUGGAGAGAAGCCGUAUAAAUGUGAUGUGUGUGGCAAGGCGUUUACUCGUACUGGACAUCUUGCUGAUCAUCAGAGAGUUCAUACUGGAGAGAAACCAUAUAAAUGUGGUGUGUGUGAUCACUGCUUUCAACAAAGUACACACCUUGAAAAUCAUCAGAGAAUUCAUACCGGAGUGAAACCAUAUAAAUGUGAUGUUUCUGGAAAGGACUUUAGUCAAACUGCAAGCCUUGCAGUUCAUCAGAGAAUUCAUUCUGGAGAGAAGCCAUACAAAUGCAAUGUAUGUGACAAGGCAUUUCGUCAUACUGGAAGCCUCACUGUUCAUCAGAGACUUCAUACUGGAGUGAAACUAUAUAAAUGUGAUGUGUGUGGCAGGACUUUUAGAGUGAAUUCACACCUUGCUGUUCAUUUGAGAAUACAUACUGGAGAGAAACAAUAUAAAUGUGAUGUAUGUGGCAAGGCCUUUAAUGAAGCUGCAAAGCUUGCAGUUCAUCAGAGAUUCCAUGUGGGAGAGAAACCAUAUAAAUGUGAUAUAUGUGGCAGAGCCUUUAGUCAAACUGCAAACCUUGCCGUUCAUCAGAGAAUUCAUACUGGAGAGACACCAUAUAAAUGUGAUGUGUGUGGCAAGGUGUUUACUCGUACUGGACAUCUUGCUGUUCAUCAGAGAGUUCAUACUGGAGAGAAGCCAUAUAAAUGUCAUGUAUGUGGCAAGUCCUUUAGUUCAAAUUCAAGCCUUGCAGUUCAUUGGAGAAUUCAUACUGGAGAGAAACCAUAUAAAUGUGAUGUGUGUGGCAAGGCGUUUACUCAUACCGGAGAUCUUGCUGUUCAUCAGAGAGUUCAUACUGGAGAGAAACCAUAUAAAUGUGAUGUAUGUGGCAAAGGCUUUAGUGAAACUUCAAGCCUUGCAGUUCACCGGAGAGUUCAUACUGGAGAGAAGCCAUAUAAAUGUCAUGUAUGUGGCAAGUCCUUUACUUCAAAUUCAAACCUUGUAGUUCAUUGGAGAAUUCAUACUGGAGAGAAACCAUAUAAAUGUGAUGUAUGUGGCAAGGCUUUUAAUCAGUCUCCACAUCUUGCAGUUCAUCGGAGAAUUCAUACUGGAGAGAAACCAUAUAAAUGUGAUGCAUGUGGCAAAGGCUUUAGUGAAACGUCAAGGCUUGCAAUUCAUCGGAGAAUUCAUACUGGAGAGACACCAUAUAAAUGUGAUGUGUGUGGCAAGGUGUUUGCUCAUACUGGACAUCUUGCUGUUCAUCAGAGAGUUCAUACUGGAGACAAACCAUAUAAAUGUGAUGUAUGUGGCAAAGGCUUUAGUGAAACUUCAAGCCUUGCAGUUCAUCGGAGAGUUCAUACUGGAGAGAAACCAUAUAAAUGUAAUGUAUGUGGCAAGGCCUUUAAUCGGUCUACACAUCUUGCAGUUCAUCAGAGAAUUCAUACUGGAGAGAAACCAUAUAAAUGUGAUGUAUGUGGCAAAGGCUUUAGUGAAACUUCAAGCCUUGCAGUUCAUCGGAGAGUUCAUACUGGAGAGAAGCCAUAUAAAUGUCGUGUCUGUGGCAAGGCCUUUAGUUCAAAUUCAAGCCUUGCAGUUCAUCGGAGAAUUCAUACUGGAGAGAAACCACAUAAAUGUGAUGUAUGUGGCAAAGGCUUUAGUAUAACUUCAAGCCUUGCAGUUCAUCGGAGAAUUCAUACUGGAGAGAAGCCAUAUAAAUGUGAUGUGUGUGGCAAGGCGUUUACUCGUACUGGACAUCUUGCUGAUCAUCAGAGAGUUCAUACUGGAGAGAAACCAUAUAAAUGCGAUGUAUGUGGCAAAGGCUUUAGUAUAAGUUCAAGCCUUGCAGUUCAUCGGAGAAUUCAUACUGGAGAGAAGCCAUAUAAAUGUGAUGUGUGUGGCAAGGCGUUUACUCGUACUGGACAUCUUGCUGUUCAUCAGAGAGUUCAUACUGGAGAGAAAUCUUAAAAAUGUGAUGUGUGGCAGCAAGUACUUUAAUCAGACUGCAAAACUUGUUCUUCAUCGGAGAAUUCAUACUGGAGUGAAACCAUAUAUAUGUGAUGUAUGUGGCAAGGCGUUUGUUUGUACUGUUAACCUUGGUAUUCAUCAGAGAGUUCAUACGGGAGAGAAACCAGAUAAAUGAGGUAUAUGUGGCAGGGCUUUCAGUGUGAAUGCAAACUUUGCAGUUCAUCAGAGAAUUCAUACUGGAGAGAACCUUAGAAAUAUAAUUGUGACAAACCAUUUAGGCACAGUCAUCCAUAACAUCAUCAGGCAGUUCAGACAGGAGAGAAACCAUAUAAAUAUGAUGUAUAUGGCCGGUGCUUUACUUGAAAUGACGAACUUAGAAUCCAUCGGAGAAUUCAUACUAAAGAGAAACAUUAGAAAUGUGACAGUUGUGAGAAACAUUUUAUUAAAAAAAUUUUUUGUUGUUAGUAUAUAUUACUACAGUUUAUUAAAUAAUGACACAAGAUUUAUGCCACAUUUUCCAACAGUGUUUAAAUAAAGAGUUCAAAAUAUAAAGGCUUAUGAAAACUUUUAUAGUCUUUAUAUAACAAUAAACACUAUUUCUGGUGUAUGAAUAAAUACAGAAAACAGAAGCUGUUCUUUAUAUCACAAUCAGCCAAACUUAGCCAUCAAUGAUUACACAAAUCCACAAGCAAACAAACAAAAAAAAACACCCCACUUUCUUCAUUUGGGUUAUGAAAGCUAAAAAUCCCUUUGCUACAUUUAACAAUACCUAAGGGGAUGGAGGGAGGGAACUUAUAGUCACAGCCUGGAGACAAGGGGACCAAAUCUCCCAGUCCUUCAAGUUCUUCCUUGGUUAGAAGCUUCAACAACUGCAUAACUCUUUCAGGGAAGAGAAAAAAAAAAAAAACAAAACAGGUUAAGACUCGGUUCUAUAAGGUAUUUAUAAUAAGUCUGCACUGAAGA